AUGAAAUUUCAACUCCAGCGACCGUCAGGCGGCAGCCUGGGCCGGACAAAAAACUUCAUCCAUUUCGCACAGGCACUGAUCAUCUUUGUCGCAUGGGCCAUGACCAUCGCGAUCUGGACCAAGGGCGAUGGCAUCGAUGGGCGGACAGUGUGGUAUUGGGUGCUGUGUUGGUUCAGCAUCCCCGGUCUGAUCUACCUGGUCGCCGUGCCUAUGUGGCCCCGAGCCCGGCGGUUCGGAAACGUCUACGCCUUCGCCAGCGUCGAUCUCGUCUAUGCUGUCCUGUGGUUCGCCGCUUGGGUCGCUUUGGCUUCGUACGUGGCCCAGGGCAAGGCCAAGGGCUCCAGCUCCAACGACUCGGACAAGAAUAAGAGCAAGGACAAGAACAACAAGCGAGCCGGCGGAUCCGGAACCUGUGAUGACUGGGGGUAUGGCAGCGCCAGCAAGUGCAAUCUCAGCACGGCGACGACGAUUAUCGGCGUCGUGAUCUUUCUUCUUUUCGCCAUCACCGCGUACAUGUCUUUCCGCAACGUCAUGCACUUCCGCCGCACCGGCACCCUCCCCGACGCUGUCUCUGACCCAACGUUCGCCGCCCAGUCCAAGGCCGCGUUCUCGUCCAACCCGGCCCACGACUUCGAGGAAGAGGAGGACGACUUCCGCUCGGGCCGUGGCGGCGGCAUGAGUGCGCCCUCGCGGGGUGACCGCGACGAGGACUACGCCCUGCUCCACCAGAGCGAGGUCGACGAUCUGAGCAACUCACACGGCCGCACCGCGAUGCACGGCGCUUACGAUCCCACGGCCCCCGCCCCCGGUGGCGUCCUCCACGACCAUGACUACAACAAUACGGGCUACGGUGGCGCGCACGGGCAGCACUAUGCACCGACGGAGUAUGCACCUCCGACAGAUUAUGGGUCCUCGCUGAGCGGGUACGGACGGUAA